UUAUUUAUUUUGUGCAGGCAUUAAAGUUGAACUUCGAAGUGAAGGUUGUGAUGAUCCGAAAUUGGUUCAAGUUCAUUGCGGACGAGCUUACAUCAAAGUAAACGGAAGAGAUUAUGCAUCCAAACGUCGUGGACAUAAUCUCGUGAUUCUUGAUUUACAAACAGGUAGAAAUAGAAAUCUCUAGUAUACUGAUACAUUAAAGGAGGGUUGAUAAAUACCUUAUAACGGCAUCACCCACUGUAUAGACAUGAACUUGCGAUUUGAGCUUGACAACUGGCCUCUGUAGCUCAAUAGACAACUUGCAUGUUAGACUAAUUUUUGAUUUAGGUAAAAAAAAAGUAAAUUCCCGUAAAGACUUAUUAAAAAUAAGUAAAAUUGCAAAAUUUGGUUAUGAAAUGUAAGUUGUAAAAUACAAAAAAUAUAGCCUUGCGAAGUUUGCAUAUUUUCAGUAUGUUUGUUUUACGUGCGGAAAUUAUUACUAUUUUUGAGCCGAAAAUGGUAACAAUUUCCGCACAUAAUGCAAAUAUACUGAAAAUAUGCAAACUUCGCAAGGCUAUAUUUUCUGUAUUUUACAACAUUUCGCAACCCAAUUUUGCAAUUUCACUAAUUUCAUUAUUUUCUUUUUAACUGUUGUGAUUGAUUCCCUUCUCCUUUACUUAGAUUAAAAUUUAGUCUAACAUGCAAGUUGUCCGCUGGUUCGAGCACUGCACCAGAAUCGCAGGGCUGCUGGUUCGAUUCCUGUCAGAAGGUCUUAGGUCUACACAAGCCCUUCAACUGUUAGUUCCAUCGAGCGAGAUGCUGAAAAAAAGUCUUGAAAAUUUUAUAUCUUUAUGUGAACAUGUUAUGUUUUAUUAUGCAUAUUUAAACCUUUGAUGAGAAUCAACCGUGAGCUAUUCAAUAUUUCAUAAUUUUUCUCAUCGUGUAGGUCAUAUUGAACAUCAAGCUGCAUAUGAUACUUAUGGUUCAACAUAUCAAUCAGAACUAAUGGCAUGGAAGUUGAAUGGCUUGGUUCAUGUCAGACAAAAGUAAGAGGAUUUGGUGGCGCAAUCGUCAGAGCAACCGUGGGUUUAAUUCUCGUUCCGUACUCAAGUCAUUCACGUGAAAAGAGUCGGUCAACGCUCUACUGAAAGUCGUGGGAGUUUCUCCGAGUUCUCCGGUUUCCUCCCACAGGGAGAGUUGACAGGGUGGGUUGGGAUUAGCCCCCUAACUGACCCUUCCACCGUAGCUGUGCUCCUUGAUCAGACAUGAGUCAUAAGGUGGCUGCCAUGCAGAGGCACCCUUAUUUUUAUUUUAUUUAACAGUUUUAAUUUGGCACAUAGAUAACUUGACAAUAUUGUACAUAACUGUACAUAACUUACAUAGAUAGUUGCACAAUAUAGAGUAGUAACUAUAGAAGGUGCCAUACGUGGCGAAAUACAAACGAGACUAGGUCUCACCACUAGAUGAGAUAGUAGAAAGCCUUCGUCUCGAUUUUGCUCAUACGAUCUAAUUUUGUAGGAAAGUUAUUCUGAUUGCCGUUCAAGGCGAAGGAUCGUACAGAAUGACGUCAUCACUUGAGUCCGCGAUCGUUCGCGUGGGCGGAAGAAAACCAGUCAAACCUGCUUAUCGAGGAUCGUUUGCCUUGGUGGGAUACACAGGAACUGGCAGACCUUCAUGGAUACAGCAGGUUAUGAAACCGAGGCGCAUGGGACCUAGUCAGAUAAUGACAGUUAUUUCUUCAGGACCUGGUCCAGUAACCCCCAGACCUACACCACCUAGUCCCAGACCUACACCGCCUAGUUCCAGACCUCCUGUGGGUAAGUAGAACUCGUUUUUCAUUGGUGGUGAUGGUUGUGGUGUGAUUGUGGUGAUGAUGAUAAUGAUGAUUCGUGACAGUCAUUAACCAAUACUUCUUCUUGUUCCAGGUUCUUGUGGAGUUUCUGGUGUUACAGGUCGUGUGAUUGGUGGAACAAAUGCUGCCCCUGGAGCAUGGCCUUGGCAGGUACAGCUCGCCUGAAAACAUCUUCGUUUUGUAGUUCACAUAUUAAUAUCUUUCAUUUUCUUUCAAUGCAGAUUGCUUUAUUGAAAUCAGGAAGAUUUGGCUGCGGAGGAUCGUUGGUUUAUCCUGAUUGGGUUGUGACUGCUGGCCACUGUAUAGCAAGAUCCAGUAGGUGAGAAAAUCACUUUCUCAUAAAUAAAUUUUAUAUAUUUUGCUCCAUACAAACAAGAUUUCUGUGUGUGUUUAUAAUUUCACCUCAGUCGCAACAAGUGAGUAGAGUUCUUUUAGUCCACCAAUAGAGACCUUACGAUUUUAGGACGGCAACGCGACGGCCAAAACAAACUCCUUCAAAUAAAUGGCAGUAAAUAUAGUUCAUCGUAUGAAUUUAAUAGAGUCUUAGAAGUUGAAGACAUGGAUUUUAUGGUUGUUGGGAAGAGUUCUGCUAAACCCAGUUUGACGUUGCACUUGUUGUGGCUUGGAACGUAGCCGUUGUAUCAAGACGUGAAAAUCUGUGAUUUAGCGUCGUGAACAGAGCGAGGACAAUGACUAAAUUAUUCAUAUAUUGUAAUUACUCAAUUCCUUUCAAUGAUCUAUUGUAUUGGUAGCCGUUGCCGUCGCGUUGCCGUCCUAAAAUUGUAAGGUCUCUAAUACCAAACACCGCACGUUUUCUCCGAGAACUAUAUGGGUUAUCCUGUAGUAACAUCCAGUGAAGAUGGUCUUUACACAAAUAAAAAAUAAAUUGCUUUAAAACUGAAAUUCCUUUCUAGUGCUUCAUCCUACACGAUUCUUCUGGGCGCUCACAACAGAAAUUCUCCUCAAAGUCAUGAACAGCGUAUCAGAGCUAAGAAAGUGAUAGUUCACCCACAAUAUGGACGACCUGCACUUAACAAUGAUAUAGCUUUGAUCCAGCUUGAACGACCUGCAACUUUGACCAGCCGUAUUUCGACUGUUUGUUUACCAAGUCAUAACUUUGAUGUACCAUUGAAUUCUGAGUGUUAUAUUACUGGUAAGUUGUGAGGUGAUGACGGUGGUGGUACCACUGUUAGGACAGCGAUCUACCAUUGAAUUCUGAGUGUUAUAUUACUGGUAAGUUGUGAUGGUGAUGGUGGUACCAAUGUUAGGACAGUGAUGUACCAUUGAAUUUUGAGUGUUAUAUUACUAAGAAUAUAAGUUAUGAUGGUGAUUGUGACGGGGUGAUGUUAAGUCUGCUUUACACUAUCAAAGUUUCUGUGAUCACAGUAGGAAUUUUGCAUCAGUAAAUUCUAAGUUUUGAAGGAUUUGUAAGAAGGGAAGUGACUCAGUGUUGAACAUUAAGUCAGUUUCGCUCAAACAUUUCUUACAAAUCCUUCAAAACAUAGAAUUUGCCCAUGAAAAAUUUCUAUUGUGAUCACAGAAAACCAGUCCUUGGUGGCGAUGGUGGUGAUGAUGAUUGUGGAUAGUUGUGAUGAUCAUGAUGUUAAUGGUGAUGGUAAUGGUGAUGAUGGUGUGUUGAUGGUGAUGAUUAUUAUAAUGGCGAUAGUGGUGAUAGUGAUGAUGAUGAUAAUGGUUAUGGUUAUAGUUCUGGUAGUGUAGGUAGUAAUAUGUUGUUUGUGUGAUGUUACUCUGAGUGUAUAUCCACACCGGGCAGGCUUGAAAAAUAUGCCUGGCCACGGCGGGAUAGUAAUAGUUGUGAUUAAUUAUGAUGAUGGUAAUAUAAUAUUGAUGAUGAUAAUAAUAAUAAGCAAUAAUGAUGGUAAUGAUAAUCAUGAUGAUGGCGAUGAUAGUGAUAUUUGAUUUUCCCAGGUUGGGGUAAAAUCCGUCACCCAGGAAGUUCUCACCACACCCUCCAGCAGGCCAGGUUACCACCAGUCAGUCAAGAACAGUGCAAGAAAAAACUCGCGCAAUCACCUGGUAAAUAUUCGUAAAUAUUAUACAAUUACUACACACAUACUGUUCUAGGUUUGUAUAAAUUCAUAAGCACGUUUUCUUAUUUUUUGUCUUGCCUUAUUGAUUGACAAAGUAACGAGAUUGUAAACAGGGACUGGUUGUACAAAGGGCGGAUAGCUCUACCAAUUACCAACCGGACAAUGAUUUUUUCAACCGUUGAAAAAAAUACUUGAAGAGCUACAAAACUGUGGAUAUGGAAUCCUUUUCCUUCUGAUAAUUUCAGCAAAUAUAGAAUAAAAGUUAUUCCAAAUAAGGAGUGCAUAAUAAUAACACACAAUUUAUAAAAACUGUAUAUUUCGAAUCAAAUUUGAUUCAUCUUCAGCAGUGUUUUGCAUAUCUUGCAAAACACUGCUGAAGAUGAAUCAGAUUUUAUCAGGUUUUUUUUACAGUUUUUAUAAAUUGUAUGUUAUUAUUAUGCACUCCUUAUUCGGAAUAACUUUUACUCUAUGGGUAUGGACCUCGCGAUUAAUAAAAGAAACUUUCCUCUACCCAGUCCUCGUACAACCCGCCCCCAGAUCUUUUCAACCACGAGAGUCUGACAUAAUUAAGCGAACAGUUCGAAGUUAGCUUUUGAGUCAAAAAGACUAAAACCUCGUUUACACUAUCAAAGUUUCUGUGAUCACAGUAGGAAUUUUGCAUAGGUAAAUUUUAAGUUUCGAAAGAUUUGUAAGAAAUGUUUGAGGGAAAUGACUCAAGUGUUUAACACUGAGUCAGUUUCCUCAAACGUUUCUUACAAAUUCUUCAAAACUUAGAAUUUACCGAAGCAAAAUUCCCAUUUUGAUCACAGUCUUAAUUAGUCAUGUAUCAGAAAAGUAACCAUACAUUUCCUCCAUCCAGAUGGCCACAGAUUGUCGAUCACGGGGCAAAUGUUAUGUGCUGGAGUCGAGGACAGCAUCUUGAGUGGUUGUCAUGGUGACAGUGGUGGUCCAUAUGUAUGCCGGGAUAGCAGCGGUCGUUUCGUUCUUCAAGGCGCUGUUUCCUGGGGUUCUACCAGAUGCGCUUCGUCGGAGCGCUACACCGUCUUUGCACGAGUCGCGAAAUUCAGAAAUUGGAUCGAUUCCGAAAUCCGUCGCGCUGGUUAGAUUCAAGAAUUCAAGUUGUGUCAAAUUCUACCAAAAUUGAUCUGUAUUAGAGAUUACGUAGUUGAAACAAUGUUAAAACAAUGAAUAAAGUAUAUCAAACUUAUGUGUACAAUGUUGUUCAGUAUGACAGAAGUUGGAUUCCUAUGUAGACAGCAGUCAAAUGAAAUUCAUUUCCAU